CAUAUGACUCCAGGAAGUGACCACUGUUUGUGACCUACUAGUUGAGAUAAACACGGGACUUUACCGCGCAGUUUUUAAUCCUUGCAGGGGUUUUAGUUUGUGGUCAGGUCCUCUUUGAUUCGAAAUCAGAUUCUAGUUCCGGUCGGUAAGUCCCACGGCGAGGCAGCAAAUGUCUUUAAAGAAGAGAAGCCAGUGGUGUCUGGUAGUUUCAGGCACGGUGUCAUUAAUCCUGCUUAUGACGGUGCUGUACAGCAGCAACCGGGGGCAGCGCCGGAGCAGCUCCAGCCUCAGACAUGACUACCAGCUGAUGGGCAGACCCCUGUACAAACUGGACCUGAGCUGGCCGAAGAACCCUGAGAUCUUCACUGGAGAUGUGUUCUGUGUGGCUGUCAACCAGUAUGCUGCUGUGGUGUACGUUGGUCAGAGAGGGUCUAAUGUCCCCAAGGUGCUGGUGUUCACCACAGAAGGAGAUUUCCUCAUGUCCUGGAACACAACCACCCUGGAGAUGCCUCAUGGAAUGUUCUUAGCAGAUGCAGCUUCCAAAGAUCCCACCGUGUGGAUCACAGAUGUGGGGGAUGGUCCUUAUGGCCAUUGUAUCAAACAGUACUCACCAUCAGGAAUGCUUUUGCAGGUGCUUGGUACUCCAGGUAAAGCAGGUUCUGGAUUGGACCCUCUGCAGUUUGACCAGCCAGCUGAGAUUUUUGUCCAUGAAUCUGGGGAAAUGUAUAUUGUGGACGGUGAUGGAGGCAUGAACAACCGCCUCAUCAAGCUGUCUAAAAACCAGCAGGUAUUGUGGAUGCAUGCAGAGAAAGGACAAAGCCUGGCUCAGUUCUACAUACCUCACAGUGUGACGGUGGACAGUGCCCAAAGAGUGUGGGUGGCUGACAGGGGCAACAAAAGGAUCCAGGUGUUUAACUCCAUCACAGGGGACUGGCUGGGGACAUGGGGAAGCUGCUUUACAGAGGACGCGCCCUACUCUGUCCGUCUGACCCCAGACAAAAAAUAUUUUGUUGUUGUGCAGCUUAACACCAAUCAGAUUACGCUACUGGAUGCGCCACCAGUUGGGCUAAUAGGUCAGUGCAAAGUGGUAAGUGUCAUCCAGCUGGCCGAAGACGUGAAGCCCCACCUGGUGGAUCUGGAUCUAAAGGCCGGAGCUUUGUAUGUGGCUGAGAUCGAAGCUCAACAGGCUCAGAAGUUCACUCCCUUUAGUCUGGGUGGAAACUUGCUUUAAGUGCAUGCUGGGUUUAAACUACAAUAUUGAAUAGGCAGUGCCCACAUGAAACUCAUUACCAUUUUAAAAUGUGCCGGGAUGUCAGUAAGGUUUCUAAUCAUGUUUUAGAAGGAUAAAUAAAAUCCUCAAGAUAAAUAUUAGAUGUUCAAUGUAUUUUCUGGCCAGUCUUCCUCUAAAACUGAAAGUUUACCAAUAGUUAAAAUGCCUCUUCAAGCUUUUCAGUGUCCAUGUUGAAUAUCCACCAGAUAUUAUCAGAUAUAAUAAGGUUUCAUUGCAGGUUUCAGAGUGCUGGUUUUCACUGCAAGUAUUUCUUUCUUUUAGAGGAAAAUACAGUUUUAGCCAAUGUGUGCAUUUAGUGCUCCAUUAGCCUGUAGGAUUUCACCGACAUUGGGGUCUUCAUCGUUUCUGCUGUGUUGUGCCAUUUAUCUGCAAAUUUGCAUGGCUUGGAAACAUCAGUACCCAUCUGAAGCUGAGGAGUUUCUUUCUUCAUUCUAUUGUUGACACCUGAAGCUGUUUGUAUUUCAUGCUGAGGCUAUGCCUUACAGCAUGACUCGUUUUUUCUUUUUUUUGUAUAUAACCUGUAUUUUAACUUUACUAUGGGAAUAAUUUUGCACUUUUUUCAGUUGGUGUUUGUUCUGUUGUAAGUAAGCUUUUAAAUGACCAUAGUACAAAUGAUUGUUCUUGUGUCUCUGUAGUGCAAAGAUGAACCCCCUUACCUGAAGAGAAUGAUGUGGUUUUGGAGUUUAGAUGCCGAUUUGCUUUGAAUCUGUGAAAAUAUAUUCAGGCAAAUGUUCUUGUGUCCUGCUGGUAUGAGGCUAUAAUGGCACAAUACUGUGUAAUUAGUUUUUUGUCUUUGUCUGGUUAUAAAAAUACUUUUUAAUUGUUCUAUUUGUAGUAAAGCCCGUAAUAAAGCUCGGAGUAGAGCCGCUGCUCCUCCACAUUGAGAGGAGCCAGUUGAGGUGGCUCAGGCAUCUAUACCGGAUGCCUCCUGGACGCCUCCCUCCGGAGGUGUUCCAGGCACGUCCCACCGGGAGGAGGAUACAUUCUUAAAGGGUUGAUCUGGAUAUUUUGAGGUGAGGUUCUACAAAGUUAUUGUGACUAAUAGUUCCCAUAUCUGUAGUAGGAAGAUGUCAUAUCCUAACUUCUGAAAAAUGAAAAGCAAUCAGAGGUGGACACUGACAGCUAGUCAGACACACCUUAUGCUUUAGCUGACUGUAGCAAUUAAAAACGAUAUGGAAAUGUUCAUCUCAGUGGGUAUAAUGCUGUUGGUUGAUAGGAACAGUUUAAUGGGUUUUUCUUUUCUAAACAGCCAUGGUUGACAAUUACAAUCUCUUUCAAUACUGAGGGAUUUUUGUAUAAAGGCAGAUAAGCUAAAAUCAAUGGUCAAUAUAUUACCUACUAUUACAAAUAAUAAUAUAUAAUAAUAUUACAUAUUUUUAUUCAUAUAAAUGAAAUUUAGGCAGAAUGAUAAAGCAGUGUGUGAGAACUUGAGUCUACUUCAUGGCUUUUGAGUUUCUCGCAUUGUUGCUAAAGAAUGUUGUCAAACUCUUCUUUAUAUUGUUGAUUGAUUUCAGUGAAUGUCCCUCCUGGUACCCGUCCAAACAUGUCUUACACGUUCAGUCGUAUUUCUGAUUCUACUGUCAUAACUUUAACUUCCAACUUUGGGAAUUUUGCCGGCUGUCUUAAACUUUUCCUACAUAUUCUCACUGUAAAAUCAUUGACAUCAUAGAGUUUGAAAUAGCCCUAUAACCCUUCUUAAACUAAUGGAGAGCAACAGUUGCUGAUGGCCUCAGACCAUUAAAUUCAUUAAACUGCUGCUAUUGCUGGUGAUGAUCAGUUGAUCAAUGCAUUUCAUCAGCCUGGCAGCUACUUCUCAUCUUAACUGUUGUGGAAGUAUUAGGAAGUGUAGUUUUUUACACACUGCUUCUGCUUUUUGGCAAAAACAAAUCUGUCUAUGAUACAAACACACACACACACACACACACACACACACCAGUGUAAGAGGAUGUAGCUACUUUGUCCAAUGACUAAGUUGUCAUGAAUCUUUUCUGUACUUUUUGUGUUUGGUGCAUUAUGUAAAGCUAUAACCUCUACAAUGAUUUAAUUGAUCUAAAUUGCCCCCACUGAAAAGCUUCACAUGUUGCAGGAGAAUCAUGGAUGUAACGUUUGUUGACCAUUUUUGAACCUUUGUGACUACUGUGUAGUGUGAACACAUAAUCUGAUUACAGACAGAAAUAUUAGCUUCUAGAUCUCCCUUGUUGUAGCUCUCUGUAUGAAAAGGGGUUACACUGACCCCGUUUCACCUGACUACCAGACAGCAACACCAGCUACAUGAUUACAGCUGGUUUCAUGUUUUUAUUGUGUGUUGAGAUCAGAUUCACCCUGCAACCCAGCUAACAACAAACUGAACUGUAACUCCACCAAGAUGCAAACCUCUUGUUUUUAAUGCACUGCUAAUUAUUGAUGAAGGAUGUUUAUGCAUGUGCUUCUUGUUCUGGCAAUAUAAAUCUCUGUACCUCUACAGUGCUGAUAAAUGUAUCAGUGUUUUCUUGUAGACAGUGGGUGUGUGUAAAUGGUGUUUUUUCACCUUUGCUAGUUUCCUGGGCUUUGUGUCAUUUCGUUUGUUAGUCAAGUGUUUUAAUUCUUUGCAGUUUAUAUACUGGAUGGGUUUAAACUAGAGAUUAUUAUUUCCUUUUAAAUUGAGCAUCUAUGUUUAGAUGUAUAAUUUUAUUUCUCUUGGAGAGGGGAACUAUAUAACAUUUUUUAAUAUUAUUAUAUAAUUGAAGGCAGUCGUUUUAAACAGAGACGCAUCUAGUCCUCUGUGGCAGGUAGUCGUCGAAAGCAUUUCAUUUUGCCAAUGGUUGGUUUGUGGUUUGUGGUUUGGACACACACCUUAAUAGGCCCUAAGCAUCACUAAACACGCCACAAACAUCCAUACAGCAUGUGUCUGGGUAGAGACUGCACAUGCUCUGUUCCUUGUCAUGUGAACACACCUGAUCAUUCCACGUACAUCUCAAUCAAGUCCUUUAUUGAAGUUGACAUUUUCAGCAUAAUUGGAAAUCUAAUUUAUUACAGCAAAACAAUUCAUUAAAUGAAAUUCAUAGAUUUGUUACAAACAGGGUGAAAUAUUUCAGUGUUUUCCUGUUAAUGUUAAUGAUUAUGACUUACAGCUUUUGAAAAGCUAAACUUUAGAUUCUCAGAAAAUUCUAAUUUUAUGUCAGACCAGUAAACGUUUUUUAGUACACUAUUUAACAUUAUGUCCAUGUACUGAUAAGUAUCUGCACUUGGUACUUGGUCAGUCCAAUUACUGCAUUAAUGCAGUCUGGCAUGGAAGAGAUCAGCCUGUAAUUCUGCUGAGGUGUUCAGGAAGCCCAGGUUGCUUUGAUAGCUGGCUUUAGGUCAUCUGUAUUGUUGGUUCUGGUAUCUCACAUCUUCAUCUUGACAAUACUCCAUAGGUUCUCUCUGGGUAUCUGGUCAGCCCAGUUUGCUGGUGAUACCAUGGUCAUUGAAGGAAAUGUUGGUAUCUUUGCCAGUGUUGGCUGGUACCUAGUCCUGCUGGAAAAUGAAAUCAGAAUCUCCAUAAAGCCUGUCAGCAGAAAGAAGCAUGAAAUGCUCUAACAUUUCCUGAUAGAUGACUGCUCUGAGUUUGGACUUGAAAAACCCAGUUGACCAACACCAGCAGGCUACAUGGUUCUCUAAACCAUCACUGACGGUAGAAACUUCACACUUGGCUUCAAGCACCAUGGAUUCUGUGCCUCUCCACUCUUCCUCCAGACUCUGGGACCUUGAUUUCCAAAUUAAAUUCAAACUUUCCUUUCAUCUGAGAAGAGGACUUUGGACCUAUAAGCCUUAGUCCGUUUUCUCCAGCAAAGAUGCUUCUGACGUCUCUGGUUCAAGAAUGGCUUGACACCAGAAAUGUCACAGUUUAAGUCCAUGUCUGAGAUGUGUAUGUGUUUGGUGGAAGUUGACUCCAGCUAACUCCAGCUGCAGUCCACAUUUUGUGAAGCUCCUCUGACAUAUUGAAUCAUCUUUGUUUCACAAUUCUCUUAAGGCUGUGCUUAUUGCUGUGGGUUGUGAUCCUUUUUUCUGUCACAUGUUUUCCUUCCAAUCAAUUUUCCAUCAGUAUGCUUGGACAAAGAGCUCAAUGAACAUCCUGCUUAUUUAGCACUGAUGUUUUGUGACGUACCCUCCUUGUGGAAGGUGGGAUUGACUGCCUGCUGGACAAGUCAACAGUCUUUUAAUGAUUGUGUCAGCCAGAGCAUUAUGCUGGUGUAGAUUCUCAGUUAACAAGGAUACAACAAUCUGAAAUAGACGGCAUCUGAAAAUCUUCUCUUGAAAAGUCUGGUUUCCUUCUCGUUGAGCACUUUGGAGGGAAAUAACAUUACAUUUCUUUUGUUGGGCUGAUAAAACUUUCAACCAGAAAGUAAAAAAUCUGGGAGAUUGAUUCUGUUGUCAAGGUAAAUGUUUCCAGUUUUGUCUCCUGGCCAGAGUUAAACCUUUUCUUAGUCGUUACGUUCUGGAAAAAAGACCUGAUUAUUGUAAUGCUCUUUAUAUCAGCGUGUUCCAGAUGUCCCUCGCUGGCCUUCAACUAGUCCGGAACACUGCAGCCCAUCUUUUAACCAACACAUCACCCCAGAGUUUUUAGUGCUUCAUUGGCUUCCAGUUAGUUUUAAUGUUGAGUUGAAGAUUUGAAUGUUUGCUUUUAAUGCCAUAAACAGUCUUGCUCUAUCUUAUCGCUUAAAAAUUCCAAGCCUUUGUAAACAUAAGAUCUUCAAAUCAUUGAACCAGAAGGUCAAUGUACAAACAGUGUCGUGAUUUUUGCUGUUUUGCUGCUGCUUCUCCCAGGAUGUUUAAUAUGUUUCUGUGUCUUCAACAUGUUUUUAAUUAUAUAUGCUUGUAUUUUAUAUUCUGGAUUUGUUUAUUCCUGUUUAUUUUUGUUGUAAAGAACUGUGGUCAUCUUCUGGAUGUUGUUGUUAAAUGAAAGAUGAAAAUGAGGAAAUAAAUGAUGAUUGAUAAUAUCCUAA